GCGAUCGCCGCUUUGACUUUCCGCAGCGUCGGGGUCGGGUGCUCUUCCCCCAUUGUGGUGCUCGCUCCCGGCAUUCUUCCAGCCUGCCUGCCUCGCCUGCCCGGUCCCCCCCAAAUGGUGAGAGCUCACGGUCCACUCCGCUGUCUCCCUCCCUUACCCACCUGCAACCGAGAGGGUAAUCUCAAUUCUGAACUCAGACCGUCCCAAUUUGCAAAGCACAAGCAACCUCCUCAAACCAUCGACGAACAACUCUCAAUCGUCGCGAUAACCUCUUCAACGCCCUUCGUUGAGCCCAAGAGCUCAAUCCCAACCCUCAUCGCACCGCAUCUCCUAUCUGGUAGGAUCCGACGGGCGCUAUUCACGCGUACAGGCGCAGUUUGCUAACGUAGCGUACGCAGAAGAGCUGACCACCCGGGACAUCGAACUUCGAUUCCUAAAGUCUCCAUGAUGCCUGCCGGAUACUCCUCCCGCGAUGUCGGCGACCCAUCUCAGAUCAAGAAGAACAAACAGUCAAUGGCCGAUCUGAAGCUUCGUCGUCUUACCGAAUUGAACAACCGCCUGCGAGAAGAUUUGGAACGCGAACGAAUCCCCGUCUCCCAAGCCGCGAAAAGGUGAGCUACUACUUACUAUACGGGGCAGCCGCUUGGUCACGAAAACGCAAUGUACUAACCGGUCGCAGCAUCAUCUCCUACACCAACAGCACCAAGGAUUUCAUGGUUCCAUCCGUUUGGGGAACAGUCGACCGAAGGGAAGAUCCGUAUGCUCCUCAGCAAAGCGGUGGAUGCUGUGCCGUCAUGUAGAAAAUUGCGAAGGGGUGAGACGGUUGGAAGGAGAUCACAUUCAAUGGCGUUAGGAGUACUGGGUAGUCUGCGAUAAAAUAAUACCUUCGUCGGCAUCGAAGCAUCAGCGGGUAGGCGGUCAUAUUGGAGACUGCGGUUGCGGGUGGCAUGUAAUAUCUGAGUUUGUGCA